CUUUUACGUUUUUGACAUUAAAAUACACAAAAAAAAAAUUCCUCCACCUUCGAGUAGCAAAAAUUUCUUAAUUAGUUUUGUGUUGCCGUUUUUCUUCGUGAUAUCUUCCGUGAUUGUUUAGGAUUUUAGUCCUCUACACAAUAAUAUUCUGUUCGAUCCGACAAUUAUCGAAUAACAUCUAUGAUGGAGUGGCUGUUUGGCAAGAAAAUGACUCCCGACGAAAUGUUGCGGAAGAAUCAGCGAGCUCUGAACAAGGCAAUGAGAGAUUUGGAUAGGGAAAAGAUGAAAAUGGAACAGCAAGAGAAGAAGAUUAUAGCUGACAUCAAGAAACUAGCCAAAGAAGGGCAAAUGGAUGCGGUCAAGAUUAUGGCACAAGAUCUGGUUCGAACGAGACGGUACACAAAGAAGUUUAUGUUGAUGAAAGCAAACAUUCAGGCGGUUUCGUUGAAAAUACAAACGUUAAAGUCACAAAAUACGAUGGCUCAAGCAAUGAAAGGCGUUACGAAAGCCAUGCAGAACAUGAAUCGUCAGCUGAACCUACCACAGAUCCAAAAAAUUCUCCAAGAAUUCGAAAAGCAAUCCGAAAUAAUGGACAUGAAAGAGGAAAUGAUUAACGAACACAUUGACGAUGCCAUGGAGGAUGAGGGUGACGAGGAGGAAACCGAUGCUGUCGUUUCACAGGUCCUGGACGAACUUGGUCUUCAGCUGAACGAUCAAUUGUCUGGUUUGCCUCAGGCAUCUGGAUCAUUGACUGUUACUGGUAACAAGCAGCCACAAGCUGCUGCAGCGGCUAUGGGCGGUGGAGGUGGUGGAGUGGCAACUGGUGGUGGAAAUGCGACAACUCCGGUGUCAGACGCAGAUGCCGAUCUGCAAGCUCGUUUGGAUAAUUUAAGAAGGGAAUAGUUAGUUAUACGGUCGACAUUUCACUAUUUGCUUAUGUCGCUCAGUCGUCCAACCUCAACUUAUUUUUGUAUGUACAUAAUGGUUACGCUGAAUUAAACGAAAUACUUGGCUUCAACUUAACU